CGAGCAAUUUGUCGAGCACGCCGCGAGUCAUGUGAUAACUGAUUUAUUCCCUGUCGUGCUAAUAUGACCCGACAUCCAUGUCAAUAUAUUUCUGCCGGUGGAGAUCCAUCUGCGCUUUGAGUAUAUUUGAUAAGACGGUGUAAUGGCACUGACAUUAUUAUGAGAACAGGCAAGUUUUAAAACCAAUCGAUGAUAACUUGCGCUCGCACUCACAGUCGUUAACUGUCACCCGUUCUCACAAGACCGACAAACCGUAGCAGACGACAGAUAGAGAGAUUCGUCGCAACGAUCGGUGACUUCGUCUUGUCCACCUACAACCUUCCUACGCCAAACACCGUUACCUUGGAAAUAAAAUCAUCAUAAUUAAUACCACAGUGACCUUGCAAUACAGCAUUCGCAGAGACCGAACGGAACAGGAUAGAUCGUUUCAGAAUGGCGGAGACACAAGCACCAACCGUUGAACCUGCCGCUGAGGCCAAGCCUGAUGGAGACGCUUCUGCCCCUCCCGCGAAAGUGGUGAAAAGCGUCGUUCUAACGGGAUUUGGUGGGUUGAAAAUGCUGAAAGUCCAGCAAAAACCCGAAAUGACCGCCGCGGAUGGGGAACUGCUGAUCAGAGUGAGGGCAUGUGGUAUGAACUUUCCUGAUCUGAUGGUGCGGCAAGGUGUUAUCGACACUCCCCCAAAGACACCAAUCACCAUGGGGUUUGAGUGCUCCGGUAUCGUCGAGGGGGUUGGUGAAAACACAACUGGAUUCAAGGUCGGGGACCGUGUGAUUGGCUUCACCAACUACAAUGCAUGGGCAGAGCUUGUGAGUGUCAACGCAAACCAUGUGUUCAAAAUGCCUGAUAACAUGAGCUUCCAGGACGGUGCUGCGCUUCCAAUGAACUACGUGACAGCCUAUAUCCUUCUGUUUGACAUGGCCAACCUGAGGAAGGGCCAGUCCCUGCUGGUGCAUUCUGUAGGGGGAGGCGUGGGUACUGCAAUCACGCAGCUGUGUAAGACGGUGGAGGAUGUGACAGUGUUUGGUACAGCGUCCUCCAACAAACACGAAGCCGUCAAGGCUAACGUCUCCCAUAUCUUUGACCACAAUGUCGACUAUGCUCAAGAAAUCAGAAAGGUGACUGCCGAGGGGGUGGACAUUGUCCUGGACUGCAUGUGUGGAGAUGACACCAACAAAGGCAUCACGCUCCUUAAACCAAUGGGAAAGUACCUGUUGUAUGGUUCAUCUAACAUAGUAACUGGUGAAACAAAAAGCUUCUUCAGCUUUGCAAAAUCUUGGUGGCAAGUGGACAAGGUGAACCCCAUCAAGCUGUUUGACGAGAACAAGGUGAUAGGAGGCUUCCAGUUGAGGCGGCUCUUGUUCAACCAAGGCCAACAUGGCUAUGUCCGUGAGGUGAUUGAGAAGCUGUUCAAGAUGUACAGUGCUGGCAAGAUCAACCCCACCAUCGACUCAGUGUGGGCCUUCGAGGAUGUGUGUGAUGCCAUGCAGAAGAUGCAGGACCGGAAGAAUGUGGGCAAGGUUCUCCUGGAUCCCACAGCUGAGCCAAAACCUAAAGCUGUCGAGCCUGAGAAACCUGCUGUGUCUGCUGAUGCUGAAUCCGGAGAUAAACAGGAGAAGAAAGAGGAGAAACCAGUUCAAGAUGGAAAGUGAUCAAUGUCCUUCCCCUACGUAGAUGUCAGCCCCAUCUCCCAGAGCCUCCCUUGUUCAAGCAGGAUGCAUUUGUAGCUACGUAGGAACGCCGUGUACAGCUAAGCAGCUCCACACUUUGUCAUCAACCCAAACAAGUGUCUGGUAUCAAGGUCCUUUCACAAUGCUGACAGAUGGAAUGACUUGUGAUAUACCGUUCAUACUACUUUCUGUCUCCUUUGGCUCGUCAGUGACUAUUACCUAGCAACAAUCUUAGAAGAGCAUACUGUUUCAUUCUGUAAAACACUCAAAUAGUGCAAGCUUCAGUUUAUUUAUUUAAUGUUUAAUGGACCAUGUUUUAUUAAAAAUGAUUAGAUCAUACAAUGUUUUAUGCUAAAGUUUAAAAGAUUUUCAUCUCAAAUUCUAAUGAAAUGAUAAAGUAAAUUAUUGAUUUUAAACUUUACUAUUUGGAUGUUUAAAUUAUGCAUCACAUGGUAGAAAUUAACCCCAGCCUGUCAUCUUAAUUUGAACUUGCUUGCAUUAUAAAUUAGCUGCAGCCUUUGGUAUAAAUUAUUGCAAACAUGGAAGCAGGAGAACUUCCCCUGAGAGCUAACAGAGUUACAGGUGACCUGAGACAAAGUACGGUAAUUAUAAACUUUGCGGAAUGCUAUUUAAUGUCUUUCUAAUAAAGUUGCUCAAUACAGAAAUAUAAAUCAUAUGAUUUAAAUGACUCAGUAUUUGCUGAUAUCAAAUGUCGAUGUAUUCAAAAUCUAGAAAUUCUAGGCAUAACUUUAGCAUGUUACAUUCACCCUGUGAUGGUCUUAACCCUUUAUAUAUUUCUGUUAUACUUAUUGUCCGUAGCCACACAGUUAAAACCAUAUAUAAUCCGUGAAAUUAUUGAUUUUGAAUGUAAAACACAUGUAUACUGGUGUGUGCAUAUUUCUUUUUUCUUCUUUGUAGUAUCAAACCCCUUUGAUGAUUUGGGAAACAGUUGUUGUUUUCUGGCGCUACCUAAAGCAUGUUUAUACCACUAUAACUAUUACUUGAAAACCUCCCUUCAUGAGGCCAACCACCCAUCUUGAUCAUUUUAAUGGAUUAUAGAUAAGAGAUAUUUUUAAAGAAUCCUAUACUGACUGAAUAUUUAUUUCAAGAAAAUGCAAACAUUUCAGUGAAAGACCUGUGUUACAUGUUUUCCGAGCAAGAUGACCCGUCCUUGGUCCAUUUUUAGAAUGUACAACAUUACUGACCUCACAUAAACCACCUAUAUUGACCCUGCUUCUAGAUACAUCAAUGCCAACAGGUGCUACUGCUGUGUUUAAAGUCCUGGCCUGUAUUUACAGAAGAAUACAUGAUUCAAUGUUAAACUUAUAUUGAUAACAUUUUAUCAUAUACAAUGGAACUUCAGCAGUUGUGGACAUUUUGCGAUUCAUUUGUGAUCUGGUUACCAUGGUUACAGUUUUGAGAAAUUUUAAUCAUCAAUGUUGUCUUAGAAAUUUCAGCACAAUAUUUGGAAGAAUCAUUUUUUGAAUAUGAGGAAAAAACUGAUUUAUUUGUAAUCUGGUUACCAUGGUUACACUUUUGAGAAAUUUUAAUUCAACAAUGUUGUCUUUAAGAUUUCAGGAAAAUAUUCUCCAAUUCUUGAAUAUGAGCACAACGCUGUGGUUUGUUUGUAAUCUAGUUACCAUGGUUACACUUUUGAGAAAUAUUGAUUUAUCAAUGUGUUAAAAAUUCAGCAAAAUUUGAACAAUUUUGGUAGAUAAGUCUUUGAAUAUGAGAACGAAACUACAUACCAUUAAUGAAAUGCAUAUGUUAUAUCGUUCAUUGCUAUUUAAUUGCUUUUGUGAAUACAGGGCCAUCACUGUAGACGGAUUUCAAUAUUU